AUGUCCUCCUCGGGGGACAUACGGCAGCGCCUCAGCGCAAUCCCGCACGUUCUCGCCGACUUUCUGCAUUCCCUUCCAAAUGACCAUCCAGUACAAAUCGCGCUGCGGACUUAUGCGCUCUCGUUGUCACUCGCACUUGGGCCCGCGUUUCUACCGUUUGCAAUUUCGGCAAAGGCACGUCGGAAUGGCCUCGCAGGGCUGAAGACGAUCCUCAAGAGGGAACUGGGCGUGUCGGGCUUUGCGUUCGCCAUGACUGCGGGUGUUGGCGGAGGCACAGCAAUCCGCAUGCUAUGGGACAUGUUGGCCACAUCUGCUGAACCUGAUGUGGCAUCAGAAAACAAGGAUACAAACCACACUUGGACGAAGCUGUGGCACUGGCUAUCUUCCUUGAAAGAUUCACAGAAGACGUUCAUCUCCAACAUGCUCUCUGCAUCUGUUGCCAUUAGUCUCUUCCAUUCCAGAAACGGUCGUUCUUCCUCAUCGGCUUCCUCGACUACUAUAUUACCCUCGAUUCCGCCAAUCCCUGCUGACACUGCACAACGGCCGCGUUCCGGUGUCAAGUCCUCUAUCACGCUGGACUUGACAUUGUUGCUCCUCGUGAGAGCAAUGGACUCCCUUAUCGAGAGAGCUGAAAAGAGGAACAGUCCGUCUCCUACAGAGAGAGACAUCGAGCGGCGGAAACGUCGGCUCCGGACAAGACUAGAUGCGCUCGUAUUUUGGGCGUGCAGUGCAAGAAUCAUGUGGUGUUUCUUCUAUGAGCCGGAAAGACUUCCCCGGUCCUACAAUAAAUGGAUCAUGACUCUCGCCAACAUUGACGGUCGGAUUCUGACUGCCCUCCGAGCCCUACGGUCUGGUGCUUGGUCGUACAAACGGCACCAUUCCACGCAGCCCGACCUUCUCUCUUCCCACGCACGAGAUUUGGGAUAUCCGUCAAUGUGGGGUGACGUUGCGCAGCUCCCUGCGUAUGGCGGGAAGGAGGCCAGUGCUGCGUGGAAGAGACUCGGUGUAUCUGGGCGUGCCGGUGUGGGAGGUAUCCCCUGUGAACUAGUUCACGGCAGUGUGACUGGCGGUAGCUGCACCGCGAACACUAUGAUCAGAGGCGCGGAAGCGUUCGCGGAGGCCUUUGCGAUCUACCUCCCAGUCCACUUCCUCCCCAUCCUCCUCACCCGCCCGCGUUCCCUCCUGCACGCACGAAGCCUCCUGCGCACGUUGCUCUCCGUCCUGCGCAGCGCGUCCUUCCUCAGCACGUUUGUCUCCUCCAUCUGGGCCGCCGUCUGCCUCACGCGGACGCUCCUCCUCGCGCGCCUCUUUCCGGGCGUAUCGCAUGACGUAUGGGACGGGCCGUUUGGGUGCACGUUCGCUGGGAGCCUCGUGUGUGGCGGCAGCAUCUGGAUCGAGCACGGGCAGCGGCGCGGAGAGAUCGCGCUGUACGUGCUCCCGCGCGCUAUUCGCGCCUGCCUGCCCGAACGGUGGAUCAGGAGCGGGAGCAGAAGUGUAAAAUAUCUUGAGAGGCUGACCUUCAUGUUGUCACUGUCGACCAUCUUGACGGCCGCUAUUCACCAGUCGGAGUCUCUUCGUGGACUGUCCCGCUGGACAGUCGCGUUCGUCAUGAAUGGUCCUAAUGCAGGCUUUUGGAAGCGCAAGCGAGAGGAGACAAGCACUCCCCCGACGCCUGCGGAAUCCACGCCUCCCUCCGAUACGGCCCUGCCCGAGUCCUGAGAGACGCAAUUGAAAUCCACUAAAACUCUAGCAUGUAUUACAGUACGAUACCCUGGCCUGUGUCUAUCGCUACAUUACGUGUAUGUUUGUGACAACUUCCCUUCAUCCCCGCCAGAGCUGCAAUGCAUGAUCAUAGAA